AUGCCCUCAUCUGUGAAGCUGCCCAACUGUCUUCCGCCUUCAAUAGCCCCAUCUCCUUUCUCUCAGUCCAUCCCUGUUAUCUCUUCUCUCUCUGUGCCGCUAACGACAGCCAUCAACCGCCCAGCCGCAUCGCCUUCAACGCUGCUGCCAGGUAUGUUUAUUCCAAUGGAUGAGAAGAUUGAAAGCAUUGUUUCAAGUGCAAUUAGAGUGAACUUAAUUGAAGAAUCUUCAGAUUCUAAUACCACUAGUUAUUUAACUCUUGCAUGCAAGCGUUCAAGGUCUGACGGCCAUAAUGCUUCUUGGACUAAAUUCAAAGGGGUGGUUCCACAGCAUAAUGGCCACUGGGGUGCGCAGAUCUACGCAAACCACCAGCGGGUAUGGCUAGGAACCUUCAAGUCCGAUAAGGAAGCCGCCAUGGCCUAUGACAGUGCGGCCACCAAGCUCCGGAGUGGAGACUCCCACCGGAACUUUCCUUGGACCAAACACACCGUCCAAGAGCCGAUAUUUCAAAGCCAUUUCUGUACGGAAGCAAUAUUGAACAUGAUCAAGGAUGGAUCGUAUCCAUCAAAAUUUGAUGAAUUUCUGAGGAAUCAAAGGUUUGAAAAGGAAAUAGGUCUAAAUCUGGUGCAUGCCAAUGGAGGGUUUUCUUGCAGACUACUUUUUGAGAAGGAAUUAACUCCAAGUGAUGUGGGUCAGCUUAAUAGACUCGUGAUACCGAAGAAAUAUGCUGUUAAGUACUUCCCCGAAAUCGUUGAAGGAACAGAAGAAAAUGAGAAUUGUGGGAAUGUAGAUGAUGUGCAGCUAGGUUUCCAUGAUAGGGAGAUGAGGUUGUGGAAGUUUCGUUAUUGUUAUUGGACGAGUAGCCAAAGUUAUGUCUUCACAAGGGGUUGGAAUCGAUUCGUGAAGGAAAAGGAUUUAAAAGCAAAUGAUACUGUUGCUUUCUACUUGAACAAGAGCAGAGGAGGAUCAAAGGGUUGGAUUAUUGACGUUGGUUACAAAGGUGGCGCAAGCAAUUGUGGCGCGGUGGAGGUGCAUCUGUGUCUGGGAUCAGGACAAAAUGGUAAUUUUGGGAUGGCAAAGGAAGAGAGAGAAAAGAUGGAGAAUCAGAAACUGGUAGUUGGAUCGGGUCCAGCAGCCAAUGUGGUGAAGAAAGGCUUUAAAGUCUUCGGCUUCCAGAUUAAUACAUGA